AAAUGAAAUCAAAAGCUCUUUGCAAAUGCAAAACCAACCAUUAUUUUCUCUUCCCUACUGUUUUCGUGGGGAAGAGAAAAUAAGAGGAAUUACCCAGAUAAUAUAUGUACUUUAUUUAAACUAGAUCGAAAUAGAAUAGAUUAGAUUGUCAUAGUAUUGUAUAAAGGAGGAGAUAGAAAGAAAGAUGUUGUUUUUCUAUUUGAUCUCGUUGCCUUUAACAAUGGGGAUGGUGAUUUUGACUUUGAAAUAUUUCUCGAGUCCAGACGUUCCUAAUUAUGUUCUUUUCACCGUUGGAUAUACUUGGUUUUGUUCUUUCUCCAUUAUCAUCCUCGUCCCUGCCGAUAUUUGGACGACAAUAUUUGGUAAUUACAGUGGUGGGAUAUCUUUCUUUUGGAGCCUAACCUAUUGGAGUACAUUUUUGCUAACUUGGGUUGUGGUGCCUACUAUUCAGGGUUAUGAAGAUGCUGGAGAUUUCACUGUGGUAGAAAGAUUGAAGACUAGUUUACAUGAAAACUUGGUCUAUUACCUAUGUGUUGGUUCUAUUGGACUUGUUGGACUCAUUUUAUUCAUUAUUUUCAGCAAAAAUUGGAGCGGAGACAUUCUUGGUUUUGCCAUGGCUUGCUCAAAUACUUUUGGACUUGUUACUGGUGCAUUCCUCCUUGGCUUUGGUCUUAGUGAAAUCCCAAAGGGCAUUUGGAAGAAUGUGGAUUGGACUUUUCGCCAUAAAGUUCUUUCACACAAAGUUGCAAAAAUGGCUGUUAAACUUGAUGAUGCUCAUCAAGAAUUCUCUUGUGCUAUUGUAGUUGCUCAAGUGACAUCGAAUCAGAUAACGAACCAUGAUCCACUAAGACCCUAUAUGAAUAUCAUUGACAACAUGUUAUAUCAAAUGUUAAAAGAAGAUCCUUCCUUCAAACCUCAAGGUGGAAGGUUUGGGGAGAAUGAUAUGGACUACAAUACUGAUCACAAAUCAAUGGCGAUGCUUAGACGCCGACUUAGGAUAGCUAGAGAGGAAUACUGUCGGUACCGAAGUGAAUAUUCAAGCUUUGUGUUGGAAGCUCUUGAACUGGAAGAUACUGUCAGAAACUACGAGCGCCGUAAUAUAACCGGAUGGAAAUUCGUUUCAAGUAUCAAGCCCGAACGAACAGGCAAGCUAGGACCCUCUUUUGAUAUGAUGGAGUUCAUAUGGCGUUGUGUUGUAAGAAAGCAACUAGAGAAACUCUUGGCAAUAAUUCUGGGAUGCAUAUCAGCUGCAAUUCUUUUAGCAGAAGCUACCAUACUGCCCGCUGGUGUUGAUUUAUCUCUCUUUUCCAUUCUCAUAAAUUCGGUGGGAGAGCAGGAAAUGCUUGUCCAGGUUGCUGCUUUCGUCCCUCUGUUGUAUAUGUGCAUCUGCACCUAUUUUUCCUUGUUCAAAAUCGGAAUGUUGAUGUUCUAUUCAUUAACACCGAGACAAACAAGCUCAGUCAGCUUGCUUAUGAUAUGCUCGAUGGUUGCACGAUAUGCUCCUCCAAUUUCGUACAACUUUCUCAACCUUAUCCGUAUCCCUGAUAAUGGGAAAACAAUCUUCGAGAAGAGAAUGGGGAACAUAGAUGAUGCUGUCCCUUUCUUUGGUAAAGGAUUCAACAAAAUCUAUCCUCUCAUUAUGGUUAUAUACACAUUGUUACAUGUGACAAACUUCUUUGACCGUGUCAUUGAUUAUUUCGGAAACUGGAGAAUAUUCAAGUUUCAAGAUCAAGACGAUGAUGCAGAUGGAUUCGACUCAUCAGGUCUAAUUAUCUUGCAGAAAGAACGGGCUUGGCUCGAGCGAGGACAUAGAGUUGGUGAACAUAUUAUUCCAUUGGCAAGGAAUUUCAGCAGCAUGAAUGUCGACAUUGAACCCGGAAGCAACAACACGCAGAUGACUAGUGCAGUAAUUGGAACGAUGAGUCAACAAUUUAAACCACUGAAUGAAGAGGUUCAACAUGUGACAAGCAGAGAAACUAUCAUUAAGAAUCAUUCUAGCACAAGAGAACACCAGAAAAAGCAAGCAUCUAACACGACGUCAACACUAGAAGAAUCAACUUCGUUCAAGAGUGUAAUAAGACCGACAUCCGAGAAAUUAUCCUCGAAAUGGGAAUCAAUGAAGUCCGGUCUUGUAAAUUUCAAAUCUAUCCUAGAAGUGAAGAACUACCUCCCUUUACGUCAGACAGAAGAAAACACAUUGUCCUCCAUCGCUUCCUCGUCUGAAUCCCUUGAUGAUAUUUUCCAGAGAUUGAAACGACCGACUCUGGACCUUAGAGACUACGGUGCUGACAAUGAUCGUAUGUUUUGAACUGGAAAGCAGAAACUUUGGUCAGUCUAGAUGGUGAAUAUAACCAUUCUUGGAAGUGAAUCAGAAGAUGACUUCAUUUCUCACCGAGGUCUGAAGCAUGCAUGUGCUUCUGUGGUAAGCAACACUGAAAUGUUUUUACCAAAGCCACACAAUUUUUGCUACAACUCACUUCGGAGUAGGGAAGAAA